AUGGAUACAAGUAUAAAAUUUGACGAUUCUAUAUAUAAAUCAGCUGAGUAUUAUCGAAAUACAUCAGCACCAUCACAUGAUUCAAAAACAAUUAUUAAAUAUAUUGCACCACGUGUUAUUAAAGCUAAUCCUACAAACAAUCCUCAAGGACUUCAUCGUUGUAUAGCUUGGGCAAAUGUUGGUUCCAAUUUUGCCACAACAGCAGUAAGUCAUGGUCUUGCAUCACUUAUUCAAAAUUCAAAAUAUUCAACAAUGUCAUCAAUUCAUAGCAUUGAUGGUAAACGUAUUAUUGAUGAACAACGUGAAUUAGCACAAGUAACUGAAACAUUUGGUAACACAAUAGUAAAAUAUUGUACUUUACAAGCACAUAAUCGUAUUCAUGAAUUACAAAUACAAUGGCUUGAAAAACAUCUUAAAGAAAACGGUGUAAUUGUGGAAAAAAUGUUUCAAAUAGAAAUGGAAAGUGCAAAAAAAAUAAUACAUGAAACUUUACAACAAAAAUCAAAUUUAGAAAAAAAAAUAAAUGAAGCAGAUAGAACUACAAAAGCACAUGAUAAACAAUAUGAACAAUUAUUAGCAAAACGAAAUACUUAUAGUCAAGAUUUAUUUGAGUUUGAACGUAAAAUAGCACAAAAUAAUGCUGAAUCGCUAUUUCUUCAACGUCGUAUACAUCAUUUCAAUGAUGAAAACAAAUUUUAUUUGUCACGAAAUCAAGUUUUACAUGAUCGAAAAGUUCGUUUACGUUACGAAUUAGAUGAAGAAAUAUUUGCUCAACAUUCAUUACAAAUGGAAUUCCAAGUAUUAGAAAAUGAAAAAAUAACAAAAGAAGAUAUGCAUAUAACUUCUCUUGAUGAUGUUAAAAAAUCACUUGAUAUAACAGAAGUAGCAAGUAAUCAACCAUGGAAAUAUUAUGCUGAUCAAUUAACUGAUGAAGUUCAACGUAUGCGUAUUGAAUUUGAACAAAAACUUGAUGUGCAGCGGGAAGAAUUACAUCGAAACUUUGAACUUGAACUAUAUCGUUUUCAAGUAUAUAAAUCAAGUUCAGAUUCAGCUAUAACAAGAGAUAAUCUAGUAAAAUUAGAACAACAUCAACGCGAACAAAACGAUGUUGCACAACAAAUAGCCUCUAUACAUGGAAGUAUUAGUGAAACAAUUAUGAAAAUAAAAACAAUAGAAAAACAAAUAAUAUCUGAAAAAUAUGAUUAUCAUAUAAAUGCAAAACAACAAAUAGAUUCGCUUUAUCAAAUGAUACGAGAUCGUGAACGACAACUUGAUGAAGCUAUUCGUGAUCGAACAGUAUUUAAACAACAAAUUGAAUUUUUUAAAGAACGAGUUGAUCGUUAUUCAAGACAAAAAACAGAUAACUAUCAUAAUCGACCAGUAAGUGUUCAAGACAUUUAUUCAUCAUCGAAAUUGGCAAGUUCAUCUAUUCUUAAAUCAACACAACGAUCAUCAUUACAAGAAUUGAAAUAUGAAAGCAAUGAACAAAAACGUUCUUUAACACCACAUUUAUCACCAAAGACUACUAGUCAAUCGACUUUUUCACAACGUCCAAAAUAUUCAACGAUUAUGCGAAUUGACGAAGAUGAAGGUACAUUAACAAAUUUUGCUGAUUUCAAUAUUGAUCAAGAUUGUGAAGAACUCUACAGAUUAUUAAAUAAUUCUAAUAUAGAUGAAAUAGCUAUUAUUCAAGUACUUUGUAAUAGAAGUGCUGAACAACGUUUGGAUAUUCGAGAUAAAUUUAAACGACUUUUUAAGCAAAAUCUUAAUGAUGCUCUUGAAAAGAUACAAGAUUAUACUUUAAGCAAACUUUUAAGAAUAUUAUUAUUAUCACCUAUUGAACGUGAUUGUUUGGAAUUAAGAAGAAUAUUAAAAAGACCAACUAUAGAUGAAGAUAUUCUUGCAGAAAUAUUCUUUAGUCGGUCAAGUAAACAUAUUGAAACAAUGCGAGAUCGCUAUAAAAAAUUAUACAAAAAUUCAAUUGAACAAGAUAUUAUUGGUGAUCGAGAUAGUCCUUCAAAGAAACUAUUUCUUGCUUUAUUAAAAUCUAAUCGUCCAGAAAGUAAUGAUAUUGAUGAUAAUGAAAUAUUAAAAGAUGCCAGACAAUUAUGUGAAGGGGCAACAACAUGGAAAACCGAUGGAUCAAUAUUUGUUCAACUUCUGUGUACUCGCAGUAACGCACAAUUGAGAAAAAUAUUUGCAAGCUAUCAACAAUUUGGUAAAACUGAUAUUGAACAAGCUACACAAGUUUAUACUGAUGGUGAUCUUUAUCGUGCUCUUAUGGCUAUUGUUCGAAUUAUUCGAAAUCGACCACGAUUUUUUGCUUAUGAACUCAAGAGAAGUCUUAAAGGUACAGCAACAAAUGAUGAUCAUAUAAAUCGUAUAAUCGUUACACGUUGUGAAGCUGAUAUGGUUCAAAUAAAAAAUGAAUUUGAACAAAUUGCAAAGAAAUCACUUUAUGAUUCUAUUCAAAUGAAUACAAGUGGAAAUUAUAGACGAGCACUUCUAGAAUUGUUACGUCAUCGUAUUGACGUAAAUAGUACAAAAUUAAAAUUAGAAUCUUUGAAUCAACAAGCAGGAAUGCUCACCAAUGAAAAUCUAAAAGGUGCAUCGGUACAAUGGAGAGAACCAAUUGAAAGAAAUGAUAGGAAUGUAUUCAUUAAAUCUACAUUAGAACGUAGUGCUAGUGAUCAAGCAAUAAAUGAAAAAGGACAAUAUGAGGUUUAUCAAUCAUCGACUAAAUCUUUCCAUGGUCAAUUUGAUCAUAAUAAUCUAGGAAAAAGUAAUAGUUUAUCGACAAUAAAUGCAACAAGAUCGAAAUCACUACGUAUUGAUCGACGUUCAUUUGUACCAAUGCCAACAACUGCUGAAAAUCAUUCACAAUUAAAUGAUGAUGCAGACUAA